UCACCAAGCAGCUCACACAGCAGAGGGAGGAAGAGGAGGAGGAGAACAGCUGGUGCGGCAGGGUGCACGCAGCGUUUUGCAUGAAAAUAGGAAGGGGAAAAAAAGACAACAGCUUUAACAACAGCAGUCAUACAAUAUGAGACUUGUGUGUGGGGAUGAAGACAUUUGCUGUUUGGACCUCCGGAAUGAACUGUGUGCUUGACAAGUGGAGGAAUGCACGGAUGCUGGGGGUCCGCAUCCCUGUGAGAAAGUUGAGCUAGAGUGGAGAUCAAGUUGAAAGAAAGAAAUUUCGAUUUGUUUGUUCGGUCAGUGAACAGGAAGCUUUCAUUCACAAGUCUUGCAAGACUGGAAGACUAAUUAUUUCCAAGAGGGCAUCAUUUGGUCAUAAUUGCAAAGUCAGUCCAGAGAGAAUGAGGUGUCGUUGGGUGAAGCAUGAGCUCUCAGAGAAUCAGUCAUAAGCGGCUGUCUCUGCUAUGGAUAAGUGCGGCUCUUGGCCUCUGGCUCUGCUGCUGCAGGACGUCAAGGGCCGCCGCCGCCGGAGACGCAGCCGUUGGAGUCGCUGGACCGGGUGACGGCGCCCUCGGCGGCUCGCUCGCCUGGCUUCUUUCGGAUAAAGGACCCUUCCAUCAGUCCUUGGAGUUCACAGAGGCUGCAGAGAGAAACCAGCAGGGCUUUAGCACCAGAUACAAGAUCUACAGGGAGUUCGGUCGAUGGAAGGUCAACAGCCUGGCGGUGGAGAAACGAGACAGUCUCGGUGGCAGUGGCGGCCUAGCUUUGCCCCUCGACCCGGAAUUCAUGCACACCAUCCGCCAGCUGGGAAGGCGUCCGACCCUGCAGACCAUUACUGAAAGUCUGAUAAAAAAAUAUGGCACCCACCUCCUCCUCGCUGCCACUCUGGGAGGGGAGGAGUCCUUAACCAUUUUUGUGGACAAAAGGAAGCUCGGUCAGGAAUCUUCGGCUGUGAGUGCUGAGGGCGGUAAAAGCAAGAACGCGACCGAACCGAUUACACUGGAGGCGCUCCACCAGCUGGCGGCCUCCUACUUCACCGACAGAGAGAGCACCCUACGCAGGCUCCACCACCUCCAGAUCGCUUCGACCGCCAUACGGGUAACUGAAACCAGAACUGGGCCACUUGGUUGCAGCAACUAUGACAAUCUGGACACAGUCAGCUCUGUUCUGGUUCACAGCCCAGAGAACAAGGUUCAGCUACAAGGGCUGCAGGUCGUCCUCCCUGGUUACUUGCAGAGCCGCUUCAUUCAGGCGGCUCUCAACUACAUUGGCUGUAAAUCCGAGGGUCAUUUUAUGUGCCAAAACAGUGAAUGCUGGUGUGAGUGUAGUGCGGACUUUCCGCGGUGUAACUGUCCUCACGCUGACCUGGACACUCUGGAAAACAACCUAUUGCGCAUCAGAGAAGCCUGGAGGCGGAUCAACGAGGAGUUCGAGGAGUCUGAGGAGUUCCAGAGCUUUGUUGGGAAGCUGCCAACAUAUUACGCAGUAAACACAUCUGUUGUGGAACACUUAUGGAGGACAGAUGCCAGCCUGCUUCAGCGCUACAGGCAGCUGGAGACCAGAAGCCAGCAGCUCUUCACCAAAACUCACCGCACCGUCAACAAGCUCUUCAGCCUCAGCAAAAGGUGCAGAAAAAAGCCCAAAAUAGUCCUGCAGAGGCCGAGGUCUCUGCACUUCUGGCUGAGCUACACGCUCUCGGUCUUGUACUGCGGUGAGAACAACCAGGUUGGUGUGUACAAUGACGAGAGUCGCAGCUGCUCCUGCCCCUACAGUCAUCCGCCCUGCCAGGGCCUGAUUCCCUGCUCUUUGGGUGAUGGUCCUCGCUGUGCAUCCUGCUCUACUGAGAACCGCACACGAUGUUCCAGCUGCAACUCGGGCUUCACCCUCAACCAGGGAACCUGCAGACAUGCAGUACCCGACCCUACGGACCCUUACCUGGGCUUGGAGAGCGAUCAAGACUUGCACGACAUGGAGCAGCGCUACCUGCUUCAGCGACGCGACCCACGCAUCACUCUGCACGCGGUGUUUGUGAGCAAUGAUGUGAGGAUUAAUACUUGGUUUGACCCUUCGUGGAGGAAGCGAAUGCUGCUGACCUUGAAGAGCAACCGGGUGAAAUCGAAUCGAGUUCACAUGCUCCUUGGACUCGCCCUGCAGUUUUGCCUCACCAGGAACAGCACCCUUGAGCCGGCAUUUUCUCUGUUCGUGAACCCAUUCGGGGGCAGCCAUUCAGAGAGCUGGACCAUGCCUAUAGGCCAGCAUGGAUAUCCAGACUGGGAGCGGACCAAAUUGGACAUUCCCUUGGACUGCUAUAACUGGACGUUGUCUCUUGGAAACAGAUGGAAGAGCUUUUUUGAGACAGUUCAUUUCUACCUGAGGAGCCGAAUCAAGGAGGGAAUGGCAAUAGGAAGCAAGAACACUUCAGUGGACGAUGAGCCUCUGGAGGAAACAGAGCAACCCAACAAUAUUGGCUACAUGAAAGUGAACAGCAUGCAACUGUUUGGAUACAGCGUGCAUUUUGACCCAGAGGCAAUCCAGGACCUGAUUCUGCAGAUAGACUACCCGUAUACUCAGGGAUCACAGGACUCGGCUCUGUUGCAGCUCGUUGAGUUGCGCUACAGGGUAAACCGCCUCUCCCCUCCGGGCGCCCCCCACGUGGAUCUUUUUGGCUGUCUGCUCCGCCACAGACUUAAACUCUCCAGUGCAGACGUGACCAGGAUUCUCACUGCCCUGCAAGUUUUCAGUGCCAGACAACCAAACUACAUGGAGUACGAGGCAACUAAAUUAUGUAGUUAAUGGCUCCCUUUUGAUGUUUUGUAUUCUCUUGCCACAUACAAGCUUGCAUCCUUUUAGCUGGAUCCAUUUGUUGUCAAGUGAGUGAUACAUUGUUCAAGGCUUUGUUGUACAUAAAAUGUAUGCAAUUAAAAUCGAUGCUAAUGUCACUGUAGUUUUAUGGAUUAAAGAUGUUUAACAAUAUCUUCUAUU